AUGCUGCUUGAGGAGCCCAUUGACCGCGUUGCACAGACGGUCGGCGACUUCCUUUCGUCCGCGGACGUCGACGAGUCGUUCCUCACGACGCCACACGAAUUUUCAGAAAAUCCCCAGCUCAGCGACGUUUUGGACCUUCCAAAAAGUGAAAACGAAGAAACAUCAGACUUCGACAGGGCCAUACAAAAACAAAAAACCGAGUUCGCCGUGCUUGCCGGCUUGACCAGAGUGGUGGACACGUUGGUGCUGGAAAUCCAGGACUCAGAGAACCAGACCCACCAGAACCUACUACCUGAAUCCCACGUUGUGGCGAUUUGCAAGCUCUGUUUGCUUCUAGAGUGGCAGGUCAACAGCAUCCACGCAGGCACCUACCCGUCCUCCAAAGCGGACUUCUUCACGCUUCUCCAAUUGGUGCUGGAGUCGCUUUUCUCCAUUUCGCUCAGCCAUAUAUCUCGAUUCUGGGACUUCUUGGAGCUGCGGAUCGGCCUCCUCAAAUCCAAGGUUUUCGAUAAAAACGUCACGCUGCACAGAAUCGCUCUUUUGGGACUCUGCAAUGGCCUUACAGACAAGUACUACGUCAGAGACUCCUUUGGGAAACUCGACUCCUACGCCAAAGACACAUUCAACGACGAGUUCCAGGCCAGAGUGCGGAUGUUUCUUGCCACGAUGCUUUCUUUUGACGAUCUGACGGGUCUUAAUAAGUACUAUGCUAUCGCCAACCGCGAGAGCAAGGAGCCUAUAAUCGGGAAAUCCAAGCUGAGCGAUGACGAUCUCCUACGGGACCUCGUGGCCUUUUACCGCUUGCUGCGGAACCCUUUUAGCUACUUCAAAUCGCCACGUCAGCUUCAAACGCUUGCGUCUUCCAUAGAUAAGUUGGCGGUGUACCUUUUGGAGCAGGAGGCUAAAUACGCUAAGAAGCACCCUGGACGGGACUUGUACACGGUGGAGCCACCACAGCUGGAAGAGGAGAUCGCCGAAGCGACAGAAAAGCUGAAGAAGACCGUUUUUGUUCCUGAAAACUACUGGCUCUCGCUGUUUGAUGCUCAGAGAGACGAGGCCAUCGAAACCGAGGACCGGGAGACCGUGCUCAAACAGCUCGACUCGCUGGCAUUCCGCAGACUUCUUCUUGUACAUAUCUAUUUGGUGGCGACAUUUUUUGUGGAGCUUCUGGCCUCGAACAAAAGAGAGCUAUUAAGGUCUGCUGGAGGCACCGUGAAGCAUAUUUCCGACGAGACGACCCCUGAGUCUUCAGCGAGAAUUUUCCUCAAUAUCAAGCGUGACAUUCCUCGUCAGAGCCGAACAUGGGAGGCCCAGCUCUCGUUUCUCUUGCUGACCCUUUCCCAGUCUGAGGAGCACUGGUGGUCGUGGCUUUUGUAUGGAAAGGAUAAAGACGGACAACCGCUUUUGGCAGACAAGACGCUUACUGACGAGGAACUUUCGGCCACCAAAGAGAAGCUCACGUCGGCUUUCCCGUUCAAAACCAAGCGCUAUUUCAACACACAUGCUACGCCUCAAUUAUCCAGGAAAAUGAAGACACAAACGGGCUUGCAUUUGCUUGAAAGAGACGGCACGGACUCCACCGACUAUACAAAGCUUAUCGACAGUCUAACGACACAAAUAGAGGAGGCCCAGCAGGCCGGUGACACAGAGCGUGAGAAGGAGCUUUUUGAAGAAAGGACUGUGCUCCAUUGGAAGCGUCUCAAAGAAGCCCGUCUGAAUCUGUGGCUCCAGCUUGGCGAUUUGCUCAAAAGUGACGACAUUGAGUUGAAGAAGGAGCCCAAGACUGAGGAUAGCAUGGACGUUGAGCUGAAAUCGACGGAGGAGCCCGUUACGGAAUCAAGGAAGAGGGCAAGAUCACCUGACGAGGAAGAGGACGAGACCACCAAGAAGCAGAAACGUAAAAAAUCCCAAAAGAAAACCUCCCAGGACUCCAGAGAGGUAUCUCCUAUGAUUGACUUGACCGAAGAAGAAAUCCCACCUCCAAUUGCACAAACCCCAGAGGACGAUGACGAACUGCCGCUACGGAAUAACAAGAGAAGAAAAACGAGCUCGGAACCUGCUCCUUUGCCUUCAGACGAGCUCAAUCUGUCCCCUAUCAAAGCUACGGGAAACAGGGUCAUGGCUCCUCCUUCGUCAUCUCCAGUUCGAAGAAGAAAAGUCGUGACCUUUUCCGACGACAUGGUCCCUAGCUCCCCGAUGAAACACAUGGAGACUCCACGAAAGUCGAUCUUGAAGAACCUGGCGCCCUUCAUGGCGGACUCAUCUCCACUCGACCCUAACAAUUCGUCCAUGUGGAUGAAAACAGCCCAUUCCAUUCUGCAUUCCUUCUCCACAGAGUUCCACUCGCCUAAUAACCCCGCCUUUUGGCAGCCAGGCACCAUCAUUCAGCUUGAGCCCAGAUCAAAUGACCUUCCUCAGCUAAUAGACGGGUGCAUGGAGGUAUUGAAAUUGGAGUCCUUUGAUCGGAAAUUCGAGGUGUACGCUACUUUGAACCAGAUAUGUAAGCUCAACGAUGCCUCCGUGUUGGCUGAAUUGUUCCUCGGUGGUGAUGUGCCUUGGCUACAGCAUACGGAGAAAUGCACCCGCUACAAACCCCGUCUGAAUCCAGAUUAUAUCAGAGACGUGUUCACGUACUUGCGUCGUGAUGUGCUUGCAACUGAAGAAGCUCUACUAUCCAAGCCUCCACAAGCGAAGCUAUCCCCUACACGAAACAACCCGUUCCAGUCUAGAGUUUUGAACCAGGCUCUCAAAUUUGCUGCCCAUUUGCUUAUGUCGCCUUCGGUGAACCGUCAUAUACCCAUGGCAGAUGUGCAGUGGAUCUAUAGUCACACAUGCAAGCGGAUCGUGAGUCCCAUGAUCUCAAAAUCUUUGGUGCUUCCAUAUAUGAGUAUCAUAAAAGACUGCCACUUUGCUCCCAAGCGGAGAAGAGCGAUCUUUGAAAACCUAUCUAAUCCCAUUCUGGAGCAGAUGCUUUCCGCCUUGUUGAACAUUCGCAACUUUGGCUCCUCCAGUUUGGUUAACGAAAAAUUCAUUGCAUUGAAGAACAUGCUCCUGAACUUCCCCAACCUCAUGGCAAAGAAUUUCCAUCUUUGGUUCAUUGGCCUUGUUCUCAACCUUUGUGACACGUCAUUUCCCUUAUACACCAAGGUGGUUUCAACGGGGAUCACGGCCCUCUUGGAGGCUGCUCGUAACUUCCUUGAUAAUCCAGACAUUUGCUUCGCGGGACGCAAGUUCUUGGAAUCGCCAUUGCCUCAAUCCCAAAGUUCAUUCACAUCUGACAACCUUAUUUCCAUAUCGACGUCACCAACCUCACUCACGAUAGAUUUCGUUAUCGAAAGCUUACUUGACCUAAUCCAAAAUGGCCACUUCAAAUUUGCAAUGGAUAUCUGGGUCGGUUUGACUCUCCUCUGCGGUAAAUUUGACAAUGGCUUCGAGAACUGGAAGUAUUUGACUAAGUGGCUUCAAGUGCAUAAAUACUGCUUCAACGAGCUGGAUAUGAUGGCCAAAGUGACGGCCAUUUCUUCGUGGAAGGUUGUUGUUUAUAAAAUAUGCUGUAUUGAGCUUCGGGAUACGAGAUUCCUCACGUCGCAAGACAAGCCAGGCGCCCACGAAAACCAAAGAGUUGGCGGGCAUGAUGAUACCUACAAAACGAAGGUGAAGCUUCUCAUACACAUAUUUGUCAACAUUACUUCGAUCGAGAGCCAGAGGGAAAUAAUUGACGCUCUCCACAACUCAUUCAUGUCCAUCCUCUAUAACUUAUUCAACGGCCCAGCCAAGGCUUCCGCUAAAUUGCAAGACUUCUAUUGGGACAAGAUCAUAUUCCCUGUGUUGGUCAACUUCUAUUUCAAGAAGGACUCUUCCAGCCAUUACAUGCAUAGUUUGGGCCUUGGGAUCAUCGAACGUUUGAUUAAGGCGACUUCUUCGACCAAUGACAGAAACUUCAGCAGCAUUCGUUGUUUAUCAAAUGAGAGCAUCCUGCUUCAAGAAAUUCACUCCCUCAAUCCUAGAUGGGUAUUCGUCCGAUUUGACAAGGUGAUGCAAACCCUUGCAGUUCUAGUAAGGCUGGAUAAACUCGAAAGUGAGCCCAAGAUCAAUGUUAUGAAUCACUUCUUGAACACGCUCAAGUUUGUUACGAAAAAAGAAGCCCAAAUAUCAGAUACAACGAAAGACAUCAUCGACAAUUUGCCAAUCACGUUAAACAUUUUGAGCAAGAACACCAAAAUUUCUUACGACUCAUUAUUUAAACUUUUGGUGAAUUUGAACGAUACCUUCGGAGCUCGAAACUUGAUGAAUGACUCUGAUAUUGAAUCUAGUAGCUGUUAUGAGGUUUUGCUCCUCAACAGCAUUGAAUACUACACGAGCCAUCAGCUCAAUGGUGUUGUCAGUAUGGUUCAUGGCGCUAUCGGAGACAGAUUCUACAUCCUCUUCGUUUAUCAACUUGUCCGUAUUAACAGCAAACACAAGCGCGGUGAUUUGGAAUCAUACAUCGCUGAUUGUCUCACUAGCAAGCGGAUCAACAAAUUGAGUGGCUCCGAAAUGAUCAUUGCAGGUAGGAUGCUCAAGCACUUGGAGUCAGACUUCAGCUUGGUCGCAAAGAAGAUUAUUCAACACACCGUUUUGCUCAAGCCUGCUGAGUUUGAAGAUAUGGUCGGCCAUUUGCGUAUCAAGGAUUGGAAGAACCAGGUCUUUAAGUUUUUCUUGGGCCUUUUGCAUGAUGCUCCUCACGAACACUUGAGAAGAACCAGCUUGAAUUUAUUGAGGCAGAAGUGGGCUAAGUUGGAUGACUUCAAGGAGUUGUUGGCCUACCUUUUGGACAACAAGUUUGACUUUGAGAUAGAGGCCUGCUUUGCAGAAGUGAUGCAAAAGAUAUCGAAGCUUGAAGGCAACGAGAGGACUGUCUUGGAAGACUCUGUUUCAAACUACUUGUUUUCGAGUUCCAGAGAUGACCUGAAGCUUGACUCAUUACUAGUGGUUGCUCAGGAGAAUGGCGUUGAUUACAGUUCGCUCGUUAAGGAGAAUCUCAGCAAGUACCCCAGGUUCUCGUCGCUUUUGAACCUUCCAUCUUCUCUUGAUUCGUCAAAUGGUUCUUCGAAGCCAUCCCAAGAAAAGAGCUCUUUGGAUGAGGUUCUGCAGCAGCAAAAGGCAUUGGAGUCUCUCAUCACAAAAGCACUUGACGGCCACACGAAGGACUCUGAAAAAAAGACAGAUGAGAAGGAAACUACCGUUGAAGAACCUCCUUCAAUUGCAGAGAACAAGGGAAGUCAAGAUCAGAAAGAAGCGCUGCAAACUGAGACUCCCGUGAAGCCAUCGAGUGAGCCGAAGGAAGUUCAAACCACGCCUCUGGUUCAAACGACUAGUGCAGAAACCUCCUCGCAGAGAAGGCGUACGAGGAGAAUGGCUGCAAAGGAAAGAGAGGAGCUCUCGUCUCAAAAGGUUGUUGAAGUGCCCUCAGACGACUCUAGGCAAGAAGAAAGUGCCUCUGUGACCACCCCUGGUGCUGAAGCCCAAAAUGCCAAUGACCAGGAGGACAUUCAGGAAAUUGAACGAGAUGAUUUCUCGUUCGAGAGGAACAACGAGUCUGAUGCCAUUGACGAUUCUGCGGAGACAGAAGAUAGCGAGAAGCUGAAGAAACGCAAGCAUGAAGAGGAGCCCGCCAGUCCUCGAAAGAAGCAUGAGCAUGAGAAGCAGGUGAGCGAUUCUGAGGAGAGCUUGAAGGAGAAACGGCUCGGGUACCACGAAGGCACAGAUGUGGAGGUGAAUUCCAGCACGGAUUCCAACGAGAAGAAGGCGAACGAUAGCGUGAUUUCUGACUCCAGCGAGAAGCCAUUUUCAGACACCUUUUUGAACCUGCUGAGCGGGAAAGAGGAGGCGAUUUCGAAUUGCACGGAGCUCGUGCUUUCCUCGAACGCACAGGCCAAAAUCCAGUCCCUGGCAGUUCCUGAACCGUUAUCAGCCAUUCCAGAAGUCAUCGAAAAGCUGCUUGUCUCGGACUUGAUCGACCGCAUGGAGGGCACUUCCAACGAGGAGCUCGCCAGCGUGUCUCAGGCGGACCGCCACAAUCUCGAGACCGCUAUGAUGGAAUUCAUGCUCCGGAUGAGAAAAACUGCAAAUUAA